UGACGUAAUGACGCAGUACGCAUGUACUCGAGCAGACGACACCAUGUCAUGUCCGGCGUUUUGAGUAGCAUUAUGGCGUAUUGUUUGCCCUUUGCGGUAUCAUCAAAAUGUGUUCGAAGAUUUUCGAGAACCAGCGACGUUUUUGUUGAUGAAGACGAAGCAGUCGAAAAAAACUGCUGUCAACAAGGACGUAGAUUUGAUAAAAAGAUUAUUUUUCAAAAUCCUUUAACCAGGCUGAAUGUAGAUGACCAGAGAACAGAAUCAGGAUGGAUCUGCAGAAAUAAUCGAUGUGAUGAUGUUGAUGGAAAUCAAUGCACUUCUAGGAUUAAUAUUUCAAGAAAUAUGCACCUUGUCGAUGAGCAGCACCCUACACCUAACAACACUGAAGAGAUCAUAACAAAAAGACAUUUUUCUUAUGUGCAAGAACUUCCGCAUCCGUCGAAAUUAAGAAAGGUUAAGGCAACUGCGAAGGUUAGCAAGAAGAGGCAGAGAGAUCUUGCUGUGGAGCAGCAUGUUCAACAGCUGCGACAUAAACAGUUGGUGUUUCCCUCGAGUUCUCCUGUGCACAGCAGCGCCACCGUCGAGAAAGCAGCUGACCUUGAGGUCAGCACGAGUGAUCAGCGACUGGCUGUCAGACUUCCUUCUCAUUUUGAUCUUCCUGCCGCGGAGACAGCUGCUACAUCCCUGGAGAUGACACCCGCGGGAGAUAGCCAGGAGACGCUUCCGGAUGCAGGGGGACGAACAUGUAGCAAGAGCGACGAGGAAGACGAUGAGUGGCUGAAAGAGCGCUGGAAGGCCCUGCCUUACGUAGGCAAACAACACGAGGAAUAGUUUUAGUUAAGAUAUUUUAAUUUAUAACCGAUAUCAGCAUUUUCGUCUGUUAAUGAUACUUUUCCUUCAUGAAUUUUAAAACGAUUAUAAGUGAUUGAAUUAAGUGGGCGUCAGAUAUUUCUUCACUGGACCGCACUCGUAAUAAUACGUAAACAAAUGUUUAGAUGUAUUUGUAUGGCGUGUAUGCACACACACACAUGCUAACUCUGUCACUUUGAGAUUAGUUCUAGAGAAAUUCCCCAAACAUACAGCCUUCGUUCCGUUGGUUUAACGCUUGUUUCUAUUUCUCGCCAAUAAAAAUUCAAUUUUGUGAAUCAUCGGCAUGUUUCUCUCCGGUGUGUAUUAUGAUGAGACAAAGGUUCACAGCCAAAGGGCGUGUACUAUAUAGCUCUUCUGUGUGUCACUCAAGGCUGCACCAUUAUAAAGCAGAGAGUGAAAGCUCUAUUUUCUAAAUUGCAAA